UUUCCCAGCUCGUGCGCUCCGAGCCCUCCGACACCGCUGCUAGUUCAAAUCGACUAUUCCGACGGUGCGGUUCGUUCGCGCGGUCGCUCUCGACCCAGAAAAAGAAACAUACAUUCACACGUUCGCAACAUUCGCGAUCACGCUCGAACAAGCCUAAGAGAGAUCGAGGGGAGGAAAAUCUCGUGAAAAUUAAAGAAACCAAAACAAACCUGCAUCAUUUUGCCUCCGCGCAACUCGCAACUGCAACCAAAGAGGCAUUUGGAAGUGUAUUGAUUGAUUCGAGUAAAAAAAAAGAAAACAAACAAACAAACAAAAAUCGACAUUUCGAACCGAUUCGAAAAUUGAAACGAAACGAAACGCUACCGCUAAACCAAACCGCGUGCCCCGAAGUGAACAGUUUUCAACAGUGGCUAAAUAAGCAUUUGACCUUUCCGCAAGUGUUUCGCAAGUGAUCUCCGCUCUCCCCCAAGCUACAGACACACGCGAGUGAUCACGUUGCACAGUGCGAGUGUUUAGUGAGCGAGUGUAGAAAAGUGUCGUGUACAGAAAAAAAGCAAUGCACAAUAAUCGCAUCCCACGAUGAUGAUGAUGAUGAUGCGUGCCAGCAGUUGUAGCAGUAGUGAUAGCGACUCCACUCUAAUAUCCAACAGUCACCGGCGCCAUCUCGAUCCUGACGAACGCUGCGAGAUGCGCUCGACCGACGAACCCUGCCGCACCACCGCGCUAAGCUUCCGACGGACACUACACACGCCGGUAGCGCGGGGCAAAAAACACACGUACAGUUACCCACACCACCAUCACUACACUGGUGUUACUCCACCUCCUGCUCGGGAGGUCGUACCGGGCGGUGUACGGUGCCGGGUGGUGCCGAGUGUGGUCAGCUUCCUGUCCAAGUUCCUGUUGUUCCUAGUUAUCUGUGAUAGUCAGACAGUAUCCCGUGCUGCAUUUCGGACUUCCGUCGCCGCUGCCGCCACCAUCGGCCACCCGGACGUCUACACCGACAGUAUUAUUAGCAGUGGAGGCAGUGAAGAUGAUGGUGGUGGUGGUGGUGGCGAUGUGGAAGUUCAGCCCAGUUCCGGCGCGGCCAUCAACCACACCAAGCUGCAGGAGAUCGUGCUGGAAGGACUCGGCCUGAGCGCGCUGCCCGACGUUCGCCUGAUGGACAUCAGCCAGCAGGAGUACGAGACGAAGUAUGCAGAGUACUUGGAGCGUGUCAACCGUCGCCGUACCCUGGCCGGGACGACCGAGGACGGUUGGUACGAGCAGCGGCAGCUCUUCCGCUUUCCCGGUUCAGAUCACACACUGAACCAUCGGAAACUGCGCCGCAAGCGUUCGCUGCACAACGACUACGAUCUCGUCUACAUCCGGUUCGAUAUACCGACGCGGAACGCCAGCACCGGCCAGAUGACGGGCUUCCAGUCGCCCUCGCUCUACCACGACCCCCGUGGGCAGCACGGCGAGGAGGAGGAGGAGGAGGACGAUGCCGCCGUCGUCGAUAACCCUGCCAACGCGCUCGACCAUUCGUCGCCGUCGUCAUCGCACAGCAUCCAUCGGCCGGGGCAUCGGCAGUCCCUGUCCGAGCUGCCGCCCAUCUCGCCCGAGAACAUCGAGGAGUCGUCGUUGAACAUCAUGCUAACCAGAAGACAAAACAGCGCACGCAGCACAAACGCGCACAGUAAACAUCAACAUCACUCGCAGCAGCAGCAGCAGCAGCAGCAGGCGCAUCAGGUUCAACAGUCGGCACCAUCGCCGCCCGCAUCUCCCGCCCAGCUUCACCAGCAUCAGCUGCAGGCUCACGGUCAUCGGCGGAAGGGGCGGGUACGAUUCAAGCAGCAUCAGCAGCAACACCACCAGGCUUCCCAGCAGCAGCAACACCAGCUUCACCCUGGCCGCGCAACGGUGACGAUACACGUGUACCAGCUGGUGGAGCCGUACGAGCGCCACUUCCUCACCUCCAAGACGGUGGCGGUGCAGGAGAUCCCCCCGAACGGGAGCCGCUGGUAUCAGCUACCACUGGAGGAGGCCGUCCGCACCUGGCUGGACGGGUCGCGCAAGAACCUGGGCCUGGAGCUGUACUGCGAGGGUUGUCACGCACAGGACGUCCACAUCGUGCACGACUCUUCGCCCUACUUCCGCAGCUACGACGAGACCCCGGUGCUGAACGUGGUCGGCCGGCUGGUGCAGCGCGAAAAGCGCUCCAAGCUGCAGCGCUACCGGCCCCAGAUGCGGGACUACCUGUCGCCACCGAAGACGACCGCGUGCACCGCGGGCAACAAGCGCUGCUGCCGGCAUCCGCUGCUGGUCGACUUCCGCGACAUCGAGGGGUUCGAUUUUAUCAUCCAGCCGAAGAUCUUCGAUGCCGGGUUCUGUCGGGGCCGCUGCCCGACCAAGUUCAAUCCGGCGACGCACCACGCGCUGCUGCAGAGCCUGCUGCACGAGCACAUCAAGUACGACGUGCCGAAGCCGUGCUGCGCCCCGUCCAGCCUCGACCACAUCGAUGUGCUGCACGCCGAUCCGAAGAAUCCGCAGCGGCUCAAGGUGUCCACCUGGCACAAUAUGCGCGUGCUCGAGUGUGCCUGCUCGUGAUGGGCUUGCCGGAACGGAGCGCGGCCAGUGGCAUUUAUAUCUCCAACGUAAACGAAAGUAUUAUCGCAAACCGUGUGCACAAAGCGAGAAGGAAAGGCGCCUGGUUAGGGGAAGUGUGGAUUUUUGGUUGUACAUUUCCUCCCCCAUUUCCCUUCCGCGUAUCUCUAGGCUGCAUAGGUUCUUCUGCUGCGACAAAUAAAACGGGUUCCACAAUGGAUAACACUAGAACGGGAAAAGAGAAGGGAAACAGAGAGAGCGAGAGAGAGAGAGAGAGAGAGAGAGAGAGAGAGAGAGAAAGAGAGAGAGUUAAUAUAUAUUAGAUUGUAGGUGUUUAGACGUUUAGAGAAAAAGGUGCAAAGCGUACAGAUUUAGGGUCAGUCACCACUGGCAGAAGGACUACUGUUGUGCGCGCGUGUGUAUGUUUUGCUCUGUGUGCUUUGAUCAGCCUGGACGGAGCCAGAGGUGGCAGACGGCAGCGCCCAGUAGCAGCGCGGUGGCGCGUUUGACAACGAUGCUGAGUGUUUUGAAUUUUAUUUAUUUAUUUAUUCGUACGCGAACUGCAUCCAAGCAAUCGGACGGUACAAAACAAUUCACUCGUUUGUAAAUGUAUAUAUUUACUGUAUUGUACUACCGUAUGUAUUUAGGUCGGGUUUUUUUUGCUUUGCGACCUGGCAGUUUUUUUUUUAUAGUAUGUUCCCUUUUUGUUUUUUAGUGUCCUUUCAUUUUGCAUUAAGCGCUCGCUCUCUUUUUCGCGUGACAUGUGUAGUUUCGAUUGUUUUUUUUAUUCUACUUCUCCCGUCUCUCUUUCUCUUCGUAUAUUUUCCCGCCAAUUAGACAAUACAAUGAACAAAAGUGCAUUUCAUGGUAAUUCAUUUUAAUAAUUCAUGUUUUUUUUCCUUUACGCGAAUAGUAUUACUUUCACACUUUUAUCUUGUAAGCAAACUCUUCCCAAUACAAUCCCGCCGCGAUUACAGGGGCGCAACAGAAACGAUUAGAGGAGAGUUUUCACAGGGCAGACUCUAACGGAAAGCUAGCAGAUGCUAAUCCUACUUACCAAAGGUAGUAAUUGUCCGGUUCAGGGAUUUUUGUUUUGUUUUGUUUGUUGGCGCCCAAUAAGUUGUACUCCGUUACCAGCGAGCAGUGCGAGUAAGCGCCUACCGCAACAAAACGCCGGCUAGAAUUAAAAGCUUUAGAGGUACGUUUUAGGUUCCGCGCCAUACAAACAGAUCGACACAAAUACAAUACUUACACAGCUGUAUAUAUAUAAAUGGUGUUAACGUCAUCGUUCACUAACUAAGAGACUCGUUCCUACGCCCCCUUUCCCCUUUUGCAGAAGCUCUCGUGUCAGAUAGUGUCCUAUUUAUUGAAUCUUCAUAUACCCUGUGAGUGUGCAUGACUCCCUGUACCGAGCGCACCAUACCAUGUUAGCGGAUGCUUAUCAAAAGAAGAGAGAGAGAGAAAAAGUAAAUAAAUCAAUACAAAACAAAUAAAUAAAAAUAAUAAGUAAAAAAACACACGCACACAAUCGAACGAACCGUACCCAAAAACCGAAACGAAAUUUCCCCCUUUCGAACGAUUCGAACGAUCACGAUUUAACGAAACGAAAGUAAUAAAGUGCAGCCAGAGGAGUGCUUUUCACCCACCCACCCCGAUGAAUGUCAACGAAAACUGCAACCUACCAAUUAUGGGUGUCUAUUGGCUUCUUUAAAAAACAUUACUUUGAAUGGUAUGAUUGGCAAAUACUUGUUUAAUAAAUAAACGUGCAAAAGCUA